AUGGCGUGGAAUAGAGGAGUGAACUCAGUGGGCUACUCAUGGCGGUCCGCAACCUGGUUCACUAUUACUUGCAUCGCCAUCGCGCUGUUCUCAACGAACUUUCUUUACAGCUACAUUGUUCCCAUUCUCCCGGUCAUGAUCAGGGACAUUCUCCAUAUCGAUGAAUCCCUCGCACAAUACACCACAUCCCUGGUCCUCUCGGUACAUGCCUUCGUGGGACUUGUCACUGGAAUUCCGAUCGGUUACAUCGCGGACAAAAUUUCGAGUCGCCAAGUCUCUUUUCUGGCUGCUCUGACUGCAGAAGCCAUAGGAACAAUUCUGGUCAUGAUCGCAACCAACGUGCCUAUACUUCUUAUCGGACGAUCUAUUCAAGCUAUCGGCGGUAAUGGAGCAUGGAUUGUUGGACUCGCAACCGUUGCCGAUACCGUCGGUCAAGAAAAUACAGGGAAAGUACUCGGAGGCAUUUCCUCAUUUUUUAACUCCGGGCUGCUUCUUGGCCCCAUGCUCUCUGGUACUCUCUUGCAGCUAUUCGGAUACUGGCCUACUUGGAUCGCUGCUCUUGCAGUACUUGUGAUCGAUAUCAUUAUGCGGCUAAUCAUGAUCGAGGACCGAUCAAAGAAAGGCAGUAGAGGAGAAGCGUCCAGGGGGGUUCCAUCGGAAGGUGUCGAGUCUGGUACAGUUGAAGAGCAGCAGCAUGAGCAGGACGUCAAUGAACGAACUGCUCUAAUCUCCCCUUCGUCUCAGCCCCAGGAUGACUUGGGCCCGAAGAAGAGUGAUGAAAUUCCGGAGAACUUCUACAAGGUUAUUUUGACCAAUCCUCGAGCAUUGACUGGCUUAAUUUGUCACUUUACUGCUGCUUUUAUCCUAGUCACAUUCGACACUACACUGCCGCUUUACGUGACUACCGAGUUCCGAUGGGGCCCUGCGGAGGUCAGCCUUAUGUUCUUGAUCCUACAGCUACCUUCUUUGGUAUUUAGCACCUUUGUUGGUAUUUUAAAGGACAGGGUGGGCACGAGGGGUCCGACAGCUCUCGGGUUCAUCUCAAAUGCUGUUUUUCUCGCUCUGGCUGGCAUUCCCACUCAUAGCAGCGGGCAUACAGGACGUAUCAUUUAUAUGGUGGCCAUCGCCGGUGUUGGCAUUGGAUGGACAUUGACUGGUGGCUGUGGCAUCAUUGAAAUCACACAUGUAAUGAAGGAACUUGAGGACGAGCGCCCAGGUCGAUUCGGUCCCAACAGUAAACUGUCUUCGGGAUAUUCCAUCACCAAAAUUUGCUUCACUCUAGGCACGCUGCUAGCCCCCGUUGUAACCGGCUUCUUGACGAGAACUCUGGGAUAUUCCUACAUGAGCUACAGUGUCGGAAUCUUAUCAUUUGUCGUGGGUGUUCUUGCGGCAAUCUUCUUAGGAAGGAGACCAGGAUCAAAUGACCACAGCCCUGAGCAUUAA